AGCCCGCCCAUCCCGGAAGCGUUUCCCGGCUGCUCGCCGCGCUCCAGGCCCCCCCUUCCCCCUCUCCCUCUCCGCUUCCCCCCCGCCCCUCCUCGCCGAGACCCGGUGCCGCCCGGACAGCGCCCCCCCGCCCCGCGCGCCCUCACCGGGGGGGGGCACGCACUUCUUCCCCCCCCCCCCCCCCCCAGCCCCGCUCCGCCGGCUCGCGCCCAGGAGGAGCAGGGGGGGCCUCGCGUGCCGCCCCCCUUUCCCCUCCGCCAGCGGUCGGAGGCCCGGGGCAGCAGAGCAGAGGGGCCGGGCGGGCAGGCGGGCAUGCAGCCGCCGCCGGAGCCGAGCCCUCAGCGCAGCACGAAAAUGCCAGAAGCCUCAGAAGACCAUAAUCAUUGGAAGGCCUGUUGACUUCCAUUUCUUGGUAAUCUAGAACAUCAUCAAUCUGGCAUGGCGCAGGGCAGUCAACAACUCGACAUGCAGGUACUCCAUGAUCUCCGACAACGUUUCCCUGAGAUACCUGAAGGAGUGGUAUCUCAGUGCAUGCUUCAGAACAAUAACAAUCUAGAUGCCUGUUGCCGAGCCCUCGCACAGGAGAGCAACAAAUACUUAUAUAUGGAGUACCAUAGCCCUGAUGACACCAGAAUGAAUAGAAAUAGCCUUUUGCACAUUAAUCUGGGUAUUCAUCCUCAUACCAGCUAUCAUGCCGGGGAUGGAGCUCAACUUAAUGGUGGUCGUACACUGGUACACAGUUCAAGUGAUGGACAUAUUGAUCCACAACGCACGGCAGGUAAACAGCUGAUAUGCUUAGUUCAAGAACCACAUUCUGCUCCCGCUGUUGUGGCAGCUUCUCCUAGUUACAAUCCAUUUUUCAUGAAUGACCAGAAUAGAAAUGCAGCUACUCCUCCUCCACAGCCACCUCCACAGCCAUCUUCCAUACAACCAGGAAUGAACACGUCUGCUAUGCAAGGCCCUCCUCCCACGUAUAUGCACAUACCUCGGUACAGUACAAAUCCCAUUACUGUUACAGUAUCACAAAACCUCCCCUCUGGACAGAGUGUACCCAGAGCUCUACAAAUUCUUCCACAGAUUCCAAGCAAUCUUUAUGGGACUCCUGGCUCUAUUUAUAUAAGACAAACAUCUCAAGGUUCUUCAGGACGACAGACUCCUCAGAAUACACAGUGGCAUUCAUCGCCACAGGGCCCAGUUCCACAUUAUACUCCCCGUCCUCUACCUGUAUAUCCACACCAACAGAACUACCAACCUUCUCAGUAUUCUCCAAAACAACCCCAGAUCCCACAAUCAGCUUUUCGAUCACCACCGGCAUCCCAGUGUCCCUCUCCCUUUGGCUCUCCUCAACACCAAGUUCAACCUCCUCAACUGGGUCAUCAGAGCUCACAUGUUUUCAUGCCUCCUAGUCCUUCAACCGUCCCACCCCAUCCAUAUCAGCAAGCAUCCCAGACUUUUCAAAAACAAGGUGGUCACUCUGUAUCGUAUCUGCCUCCUUUUGCUGGACCUAGUUUAUCCAAAGGUUCCAUGAAUAAAAUAGAAAUUACAGUUGAGCCACCACAAAGACCUGGGACUGCAAUGAACAGAAGCCCUUCGCCAAUAAGUAAUCAACCAUCUCAACGAAACCAGCACCAGCUGUAUGCAGCCACUACUCCUCCUUCAAGCUCUCCAUCAAGAGGUAUGUCAGGUCAACCCAAACCUCCAUUUAGUGUUAAUCCAGUAUAUAUUACCUACACGCAACCAACUGGACCUACAGGUGCACCAACACAGUCUCCUCGGGUAAUGGUAUCUCAGCCAAACCCAACCAUUUUUAAAAUCACAGUAGGUCGAGCACCGACUGAGAAUCUUUUAAAUUUAGUGGACCAAGAAGAGCGUUCUGCAGCACCAGAACCUAUUCAGCCUAUUUCUGUAAUCCCAGGAUCUGGAGGAGAAAAAGGAAGCCAUAAGUAUCAGAGAAGUUCCAGUUCUGGAUCAGAUGACUAUGCUUACACUCAAGCCUUGCUGUUACAUCAACGAGCAAGGAUGGAGAGAUUAGCAAAGGAACUGAAGGUUGAAAAAGAGGAGCUCGAACGCCUGAAAGCCGAAGUGAAUGGUAUGGAGCAUGAUCUCAUGCAGAGGCGGCUUCGAAGAGUUAGUUGCACGACUGCAAUUCCAACACCUGAGGAAAUGACCAGAUUGAGAAGCCUCAACAGACAGCUCCAGAUAAAUGUUGACUGUACACUGAAAGAAGUUGACCUCCUUCAAUCUAGAGGAAAUUUUGAUCCAAAAGCCACAUGUAACUUCUAUGAUAACAUAGAGCCUGGUCCUGUUGUGCCGCCAAAGCCAUAUAAAAAGGAGCAUCAAAACAGUUCUAAACAGACUCCACGGACUCAGCCAAGAGAUGAAGACUUUGAAGGGGCUCCAUGGAAUUGUGAAAGCUGUACCUUUCUAAAUCACCCAGCACUGAAUCGCUGUGAGCAGUGUGAAAUGCCACGAUAUACCUGAAAAUCAGGAAGGGGCCGCAUUGGGUUGAAAACAGUCUCUCAAGCCAACGGCUGUAGGAGAAGGAAACAUGGAGAACCUUUCAGUCCAUCUGCCCGACCUUUGCCAGUCAACAAUCUUCAUAUUGCAAGGGGUGGGAGUAAUGUGUUAAGAUGUUUCUGCUUGUGCUACAAAUAAAUAAAUUAAGGGUUAAAUUCUUUUUUAUCCCAUUACAAUGAGCAAAGCAGAAAAUGAAACCUGCACAUGUAAAAGGAUUAAUUUUGGGAAGAAUGUAUACAGGAAAGCAAAUAACUACUGGUGUUUAGUCCUGUGGUUAUAGUUACUGCUUAGUGGCUCUAAAAAAAAAAAAAAAAACACAAAAACCAAACAAAAAACAAAACAAAACAGUUUUGUUUUGUUUGUUUUUUUAAAAAAGUGAUUGAUAGGACUCUUAGCAAUGGUGUGAGAUGUUACACUUAACCAGAAAAACUGAAGAGCCAGAGCUGACUUUAACCUGACCACAGCUAGCUGGAAAACAAAGGCUCCCUGUGCUUCUAGAUUGUAAACUACUGAAAAGGAAGACAGGUAAAUGCAACAAUAAACUUUGCAAUGUAUAAAAAACAAAGAGAAGGGUAUUUGUAAUUGCUGCUUUUUUUCAGGGUAACUUAUGUCUACAAAAAAUUGCUAUUUGAAAUGGUAACCUAAGGUGACUAAAUGAGAUACCGUGUGAGUGUUACAGAGAGUUUAAUCAGAGGUAAUUUUUUUACAAUUCCUUUUGCUUGUACAGUGCUCACCUGGCUGUGUCAACACUGGUAAUAAAUUAAGAAUGAAUUCUGCCAUAUUACAGAUGAAAAUACUGCUGCAUGCUUUCAGUAGGCCAUCAUGUUUCAAAGCUAGUAUGCUUUAUGUACAACAACCUUCUAAGCCUGUGCUGUGCAGCACAUAUGCCAAACACAGACCACUCCAAAUUCAGUUUGGGAGACUUGAGCUCAGCCAUGGUUGUGUGUGCAAAGAGUUUGUACCCAGUUCCUUAGGCCUUUUCAGCUUCCAAUUUGUGAAGAAUUCAUGAUGUUUACAGCACAGAAGGUACUUUGUGCCCCAGUUCAAAGUUAGCUGAAUAUUAAUGAAUCAGCUCUUCAGUAAAGGUUUAUUUGCACAUUGUUAAUAAACCAGCCUGUGUAAAACAGCAGAUGUGAGAUCUUGAAAAUUUACACACUGCAUUCUUUUUUGUUUUGGUCAGGAAACUUUUGCCAUAGGUUGAAGAACACGAGACUUGCAACUGAAAAUCAUACUGGUACUUUUCUGCAUAUGAUACACUGUAUUAUAAAGGUGAUGUUCCAUUUGUUUGAAUGCUUCAGGUUGCUGUAAUAAAGCACUCAAUCCUUGUGAAAUCAAACUUGGGUUUGGGCAGCUGAAUGAUUACAUUACACAACUGAGCGACUGAGUAGGGUGUUCUUGUGUACUGGGCAGGAGCCGUUACGGUGCAUUUGAAUUUUUUUAGGGUAUAACUUGAUCAAGAUUCAGAGACACAACCGAGCACGUCAGCUGAGCUGUAGUAAUUGCCUUUGCAGCAGCUGCGAAGCGAAACACGCUAGCCAAACCUUACCAGAAGAGAUUUUAAACUACGUUCUGCGUUGUUUUUAGCUCAUGGCAUCCACGUCCAUAUGGUGAAAUUACCACAAUUCACUUGAUGUGUGAUAACACGUUGAGCUGUGGUAGAACAAUCAUGUGUCUGAGUCCUCGUUUAAAAUAAAGCAGCGUUUGUAAGGUGGGUGGAGGGGAAACUCGACUGCGUUGCUUAAUCUGGUGUCUUCUCUCUCUGCAGUUUAUAAAGAUAACAGUAAAGGGCAAACUGUGAUCUUAGAUUUUUAUCUGGCAUUUUUCAGUAUGUUCUUGCACUAAUUAAGUUUUUGGCAUAAUUUUAAAUAAGCUAAGAGAUCUCCGGCUAUCAGUGUGCACCGCUGAUGAGCAAAACAAAGUCAAAGGUGUCAGAGCUACUUUUCCUUCCUUCAUUCCUAAUGGUUUAUAUUACUAUAUGAAGAGCUCAUAACGUGUGGAAAGGGGCAAAAAAAAAUACUGCCAAAUGAAGUUUUAAGGUGAAUAUCAAUUUUAUUCAUGUAAGAGAACAGUGUGACAAAACUGAGAUAACUAGAAAACCGAUGAGCAGAGGCAUUUUAGAGAGGAUAAGCAGCACUGUGUGCUGUUAUCAGCUGUGUAAUGAAUUACUCAAAACAAUGCCAGUAACUUCAUGACUUUUCCAUCGUGAUGCCUUUGCCUUUGUAUUAUUUCAGUUUUCUAUUCACUUGUACUUCUGUUGAAAUUCUAGAAGCAUUUGUUUUUGCUGGAAUUACAAAAUGACAGCUACUGAAAUGACAGCAAACGAGAGUAGGUGUGUCACACAUCAAUACAGCUGUGCCAUUUUCAGGCAGAAUAGAUGCCACUCUGGGGGGAGGGCGGUGGGCAGGGAGAGGAAUGCAUACCGUCCAGUAGUUCCCUGUACUGUAAUAACCAUAAAUGGAGAGUUGCUAAUCCUAGUCAUAGCUUCACCAGAGGGAGAGAAGGAAGGCUGCUGUGACAGCAAAACACUUUUUGAAAGACUGAGUGCUGUUAAAUUGAAAAUGAAUUCCCUCAUGCCAAUACUUUUAUUCCAGUUUCUCAAUUACUCUCAUUUGGUUUUUGUACAAAAAGGAAAAAAGGGCAAACCUUUGUUGUAUUCUUGUAAAUGCCCGUUCUCAAACAUUAGUAGCAAAGACUUUACAUGGUGCUUGAGUAUUUCUAGUUUGUUAGAAUGUAAAUUGUAUUUUGAAUAUUGGAAGAUCCCAUUUCCUUCUGAAAGCAGGUGACACUGUUGACACCCCAACUGAAUUGUAGUUUAUGCCAAAAAGGUUUGGUUUAUGUAAUAUUUAUUGAAUGCACAUGAAACCCUCAUGUCAGCUGGCAUACAAAAUGCACUGUAUUGUAUAAAACUUAUGUGUGCGUGUGUGUGUGUGUGUGUGAAUGGUGGGAUGCUGAUACCAUUGUGCUGAGUUAAUGCACUACUUGUGUUUUCUUUAUCUCCUUAAUGACUGAGCUUUCCCUCAAUCAUGCUACUAGAUUGGUAGAGUUUGAAACUGACUUGGACAUUCAGAUAUUCACAAUGAUUUCACUGUUCAUUGAAAUUUCAUAAAGCUUAUUUUAUAUUUACUGUGCUAUCAAGAUGAAUUCCCUUUAAUUAUAGAAUACUACUGUCGUUCUUUAAAAGUUUAUUUAGAGUGGGGCUUGUGGAAAAUUUUUCAGAACAUAGUAAGCCAAAAGGAAUCCUGAGCUUUGGAUCUACUUUUAAUUUGAUGUAAUUAUCAGUCACGUUUGGGUGGAGAGGAAAGGGGUGGGAAGCCAAGCAAAAGGAAGUAAUUUGUAAAAUGUAGUCUUAGAUUGAAUUGUGUAUCUGUGUGUCUGUGGUAUGUGUGUGUUUCCCUUGAAAAACGGGAGGUGUGGUGAAAAGGUGUAAUAAUUCUUAAAAGAGCUGGUCUCAGUAGUUUCUGAUUAUGAUAUGCUACUAAAUCACAUUUUUUUAAAAAGAACCCUUUUCUUUCAGUUACUUUAUUUGUCCCAGUUACACAUCUCUCGUUUCGGUUUCUAAAUACUUCAACGUUGAUUGUAAAACCCCUUUAAACUGAAAUAAAACUACUUGAGUUGAAAUGGGGACAAAACAAAAACAAUAAAGAAUGUUUUUUUAAAAAGAAUGUGACAAUACUAAAUAUCUUAAAAACAAGCUUGUCAUCAGGAUGAUAGUUUUCGUUUUAAAAUUCACUGGUAUACCCUAGAAUGUGAACAAAUGACUAUCCUUACGAGAAGUGGGCAGUGGACAUAAACAAUCCGUCAGCUUGUUUGGUACCACAGAAGUGCUACCGUCGCUCUGAAUCCCCUCAAGGGGAGAGACGUGCACAGAUAUCACAUCUCAUAGUCAGUACUGUCUCUAUGUGCUGCUGCAUUUGUUUCGUUUCUAAACGUCAAUAUUACGUGAAGCUGGACAUGUCCUGAAUUUUACCAGAUUUCUUCAGUUUGGGGCUUUCAUUGCUGUUUAUGUCCAUAAUUAUUAAUGCAAACAUUUUUUUUCCUGGGUUUUGAAUAAUCAGAAAUCAAUGGAGUUAAUGCAAUAUUAGAAUCCGGGACUUUCAGUACCUUUGAACUCAAUUUUAAAAACCUGUGUUCUUGAAACUUAUUUAUUUAUGGUGGCACCAGUGUAUCUAAUCCAUAUUUUCUGCUGUGUGAAACCCUGUUAAAUUUUUUCAUUAAAAAGAAAAAAGAAGACACGAUCUUGUUUAAUCCUGUAUAUAUGGUGUCUACAUUCUAGAUUUGUGUAUGCUGUGAAUGACCUUAUUACUAAGAGAUGAAACUGUAUAAAAGCAUUCAGAGGCUAUGCAUGCAUGGUACCUCCAGAAAGUGCAUACUCCGAGUUGCAGAUUCCUGCAAAAAUAAAUUAAUAAAACUAAGCAAACAUCA